UUUGGAGAACAGAUAGAGUCCAGAAUCUUAGCGGUCUCUGGAAGCCAGGGCAUUGUUAUUUAAGAAUGGAAGAGGAUACAGAUUUUAGGAUCAGGUUUAGUUCCUUGCGUUUCAUUACUGAUCAUGUUGGAUUUCAUGGCACUAUAAAAAGUUCACCAAGUGACUUUGUUGUUAUAGAGAUUGAUGAACAGGGACAGUUAGUUAAUAAGGCCACCAAUGAGCUGAUUAGUAAAGUACAACCUGAGCCAAAUAAUUUUGCCAAAAAGACAAAACUUGAUUUUCAAAAUUUAUCCUUUAAAGAGGGAAGGAACCAAGAAGUCAGUACUUUCACUGGGUGCUCUGAUGAUGACCACAAUGAUCAGUCUCCUUCAGAAAAGGAAGAUACUAUCAGUGAUGGAACUUCCAAAAGUGAAGAAGGAAAAGUUGACGUUUUAGGCAACUUGUUAGAUGAAAAAACUAAUGAAUUACUGAAUCACUUUGCCUGCGAUAUAAAAGAGAAGUGGAAUUCUAAAACUGAGCUAAUUGGAUCAUCUCCUGAAUUCUCAUUGGGCAGAAUCCUUGACAAAAACCAGAGGGCUAUUUUGCAUAGUGCUAUUAGGCAGAAAUUCCCCUUUUUAAUAACUGUUGGUAAAAACAGUGAGAUUGUUGUAAAACCGAAUCUUGAGUUUAAGGAACUCUGUCACUUGGUAUCUGAAGAAGAAGCAUCGGACUUCUUUAAAUAUUUGGAUGCAAAGAAAGAAAAUUCCAAAUUUACCUUUAAACCUGAUACAAACAAAGACCACAGAAAAGCAGUCCAUCAUUUUGUCAACAAAAAGUUUGGAAACCUUGUAGAAACCAAAUCUUUCCCCGAAGUUAGUUAUAAUGCCGGUAAUCCAAAUGUAGUGAUUACAGUAAGAUUUCGGGAAAAAACACACAAGCACAGGAAAAGGUCUCUUUUUGAAUGCCGGGAUCAGAAAGUUAUAUACACAGCCUUUACCCUACGGAAAGAAAAUCUGGAAAUGUUUGAAGCACUUGGAUUUUUAGCUAUCAAACUUGGUGUGAUUCCUUCAGAUUUUAGUUAUGCAGGCCUAAAAGACAAGAAAGCCAUCACCUAUCAAGCAAUGGUUGUUAGAAAAGUGACUCCAGAAAGGUUGAAAAAUAUUGAAAAAGAAAUUGAAAAGAAAAGAAUGAAUGUGUUUAAUAUUCGAUCUGUAGAUGAUUCCCUUAGACUCGGUCAGCUCAAAGGAAAUCACUUUGAUAUUAUCAUCAGAAAUUUAAGAAGCCAAAUAAAUGACUCUGCAAACCUGAGAGAAAGAAUUUUGGAGGCAAUAGAAAAUGUUAAGAAUAAAGGAUUUGUAAAUUACUACGGGCCGCAGAGAUUUGGGAUGGGAAGGAAAGUUCACACCGACCAGAUUGGACUGGCUUUGCUGAAGAGUAAAAUGGUGGAGGCUAUAAAAUUAUUUCUUACACCAGAAGAUCUGGAUGAUCCUGUAAAUAGAGCAAAGAAAUAUUUUCUUCAAACUGAGGAUGCUAAAGGUACACUUUCCUUGAUGCCUGAAUUCAAAUUUCGGGAGAGAGCACUGUUGGAGUCGUUGCAUCGCUUUGGCAUGACCGAGGAGGGUUGUAUCCAGGCAUGGUUUUCUUUUCCCCACUCAAUGCGCAUAUUCUACGUUCAUGCAUAUAGCAGCAAAAUUUGGAAUGAGGCAGCAUCUUACAGACUUGCAACCUAUGGAUCAAGAGUAGUAGAGGGUGAUUUGGUCUGUUUGGAUGAAGAUAUUGAUGAACAUUUCCCAAAUAGUAAAGUUCAUCUAGUAACUGAGGAAGAGGAAUCAGCUGACAUGUAUGCAAUCCAUCAGGUGGUUCUUCCAGUGCUUGGAUAUAAUAUUCAGUACCCGAAGAACAAAGUUGGGCAGUGGUACCAGGAAAUACUUAGCAGAGAUGGACUACAGACAUGUAGGUUUAAAGUACCGACUCUGAAACUCAAUGUUCCGGGAUGCUAUAGACAGAUACUGAAACAUCCCCAUAAUGUCUCAUACCAACUAAUGGAAGAACAUGAUACUGAUGUCAAAACUGAAGGUUCUCACAUUGAUGAAGCAAGUUUAUCUCUUUUGAUCUCUUUUGAUCUUGACGCUUCAUGUUAUGCAACAGUCUGUCUGAGGGAGAUAAUGAAGCAUGACUUUUAGAACCACUACCCUUGAUAUAACCAUAUAUAUGUCACUCUUUAAAAGGAAGGAAGCUAAAAUUUCCUGUGCACCUUCCAUGUGCUAGGAGCCUUAUAAUUUUUAUCUCCUGUGAUUACAAAACAUCCUGCUGGAAGUAGGAGUUUGGUGCUGAUGUUCUAGAGGACUUAUAGCUAGUAAGCAGCAGGAUCUGGAUUUAAGACCCUAAAGCCCAUGUUCUUUCUAUUAUCUAAUAUAUCAGUGAUGUUUAUUCUGUGCUAUAAAAUUUAUAAUCUUUCUUGACUAUUCAAAACAAAUAAUAUGGCAAGAUAACAUGGAGGAAAAAAAACAUGUUUGAAGUAAUGUUUAUAUCCCCUAGCUCCUUGCUUAGAAUGUAGAUGAAACUAGAUUGUAAUAUGGUUGGAGAGAAAGAGAAAUGAAGCAUUUUGUUAAUUAUUAUCAUCAUUCUUUUCUGUUUUUGAAAUUAUUGAUCAGAAUAACACAUUAGGGAAAUAUAAUCCCUAUGUUUAUGAUAGCUACCCCAGGGUAGCUUACCCCUUUAUGAGAUA